AUGACUGACAUUCAAAACGGAACCCUUUGCAUUCUCGGGUGUGGAAACCUGGGAAUUGCCAUUCUCAAUGGACUCAUCAAUGCGCCAUCCGAGAAAGCCAGCGAUCUACCAUUCACAAAAUACAUAGCAUGCGUGCGCAGUGAAAAUUCCGAAAAGCGGUUAUCCGACAGAUUCUCCGCUUCACUGGAUAAGAUCAGCAUCCGUCGCGGCGACAACGUCCAAGCCGUUCAGAGUGCCGAUGCGAUUAUUCUUGGCGCCGACCCGGCAGAUAUCGAAAAAGUCUUGACGCAGCCUGGUCUCCGUGAGGCACUAUCCGACAAAUUGAUCAUCAGUAUUGCGGCAGGUUGGACGAGACAAAAGCUCGAAACUACAAUUUACGGAAGUGAAACAACUACCGAGAACACCGCUGGCAGGGCCUGGGUAGUGCGCACGCUGCCGAAUAUUGCGGCUCAGGUCUCUCAAUCGCUGACGGCAAUUGAAGUCUCGGAGCCGGCGUUGCCGGAGCGAUACCUUCAGAUCACGACGUCGAUUUUUGAGCAGAUUGGCAAGGCAGUGCACAUUGAUCCGAAAUUGAUGAAUGCUACUACGGCAGUUGGGGGCUCGACGCCUGCUUUCUUCGCUGUUAUUUGUGAUGCGCUUAUUGAUGCUGCUGUGGCGGUUGGGGUGCCGAGGAAUCUGGCGCAUACUAUGAUCUUCCAGUCAAUGCAGGGUACUGCGACCAUGCUUCAGGGUGGGAUGCAUCCUGCUGUGCUGAGGGAUCAGGGCACAUCACCUGAGGGAUGCACGAUUGGUGGUUUGAUGGUGAUGGAGGAGGCUGGUGUACGGGGUCAUAUUGGACGGGCGCUUCGGGAGGCUGUUACUCUGGCUCGUUUGAUGGAAACAACGGAUCACGUUAACGAUACAAGACACUAA